AUGACAUCACUGGCUUGGUUGUUCAAUGACAUCACUGUCUCCAUGACCAACUGUCAGUCACUAGUCUCCAUGACCAACUGUCAGUCACUAGUCUCCAUGACCAACUGUCAGUCACUAGUCUCCAUGACUAACUGUCAGUCACUAGUCUCCAUGACCAACUGUCAGUCACUAGUCUCCAUGACCAACUGUCAGUCACUAGUCUCCAUGACCAACUGUCAGUCACUAGUCUCCAUAACCAACUGUCAGUCACUAGUCUCCAUGACCAACUGUCAGUCACUAGUCUCCAUGACCAACUGUCAGUCACUAGUCUCCACGACCAACUGUCAGUCACUAGUCUCCACGACCAACUGUCAGUCACUAGUCUCCACGACCAACUGUCAGUCAGCAGUCUCCACGACCAACUGUGAGUCAGCAGUCUCCACGACCAACUGUCAGUCAGCAGUCUCCACGACCAACUGUCAGUCACUAGUCUCCAUGACUAACUGUCAGUCACUAGUCUCCACGACUAACUGUCAGUCACUAGUCUCCAUGACCAACUGUCAGUCACUAGUCUCCAUGACCAACUGUCAGUCACUAGUCUCCAUGACCAACUGUCAGUCACUAGUCUCCAUGACCAACUGUCAGUCACUAGUCUCCAUGACCAACUGUCAGUCACUAGUCUCCAUGACCAACUGUCAGUCACUAGUCUCCAUGACCAACUGUCAGUCACUAGUCUCCAUGACUAACUGUCAGUCACUAGUCUCCAUGACCAACUAG